ACGACACUAGGAAGAACCAGGGGGCGGGACCUCCGAGUGGAAACAUGGCGGCCCGCACACGCUUGUCCUUGCAGUCGUUACUCCGUCGAAAUGUGCAUUUCUGGAGAACCAAGAGGAGCCUCCACGCUGAGGCGGCCGUGAAGCAGCCCUCCUACCCAGCCGUGGUGCCCUCGCUGACCGCGAAGAGCAAGUCCUCCCUGCGGUACCGCUACGAGCUGCGCCUGGAAGACAUCAAAGCCGCGGCCGUGGAGGAGAAGAUCCGGCUUCUGACCAGAAUACAGCGGAAGAAGUAUGUCGUGUUCCCCCAGACGCUGUCCCGUAACGCGGACCAAUGGCACCAACACUUCACCAAGACGGCCUACAUCCCGGGGCUGCCCGACGUGUACUCCGCGGUCGGACAGCCUCCGGAGGACUCAGCUCCCGCGGUCGGACAGACAGCCCUACCCGUCAUCGGGGAGGACACGUUCGAGGAGAUCCGAUCCCUGGUCAGUCAUGCGGUUCUCCAAGAGCAGUGGUACAUGAAGAAGCGGGAGCCCUUCCUUUACCGGCGGCAGGAGCACUUCGUGGAGCCCUUCAUGCGGAACCUAGUCGCAGGGGUCACCGGCUGCCUGGCCCAACACAACCCCCUACUGCUCCUGGCGAGCAGAGAUCUAAAACCUGAGGUGAAUUUCUAUUGGACGAGAGGUCAGAGGAUUAUUCCUCGUGGCCAUCGAAGGGGCAGAGUUGAGCCAAUCAGGUUCCAGAUCGAUGACAAGCCACACAGUCAAAUUAGGAUACCUAAGCAACUGCCACAGUUUGCUCCGAUGGAGGCUGCGUUUGGAUUGGACGUACCGGACAUCAAAGUGUCCCCCGACAUGAUGCCUCUGUUCAAACGACAGUACGACAACCACAUCUUCACAGGGGCCAAGCUGCCGGACCCCUGCGGCUACGGCCACACCCAGUUCCACGUGGUCCAGGACCGGUACCACCGGGCCCGGCUGGGGAGCAGGGGCCAGGAGGACCAGGUGGAGGCGCUGCUGCGCGCCCAAGGCCUGGCCAGCCUCUUCUGCUGGACCGGGGCGCAGGCCGCCUACCAGGGCUUCUGGGCGCGUGAGGACGUGCCGCGGCCCUUCGUGUCCCAGGCCGUGAUCACCGACGGACAGUUCUUCUCCUUCUUCUGCUACCAGCUCAACACGCUGGCGCUGUCCGUGGACGCGGACGUGGACAACCCCCGGAGGAACGUGCUGUGGGGCACGGAGAGCCGGCGUCUGUUCCAGGGCGUGGAGGACGGCCGCGUGGUCGGUCUGGACGACGGCGUGCUGCGGCUGCUGGUCCAGUUCCUCAUGAACAGGCCCCUGGAGGCUUGAGUGCCCUGGGGGGGCCCCUGGAGGCCUGAAAGGCAUGGGGGGGGGCUCAGAGACCUGACUGCUCCUGGGUCGGUCCUAGACCCCCGUCCGGUCCUGGGUCGGUCCUAGACCCCCGUCCGGUCCUGGGUCGGUCCUAGACCCCCGACAGGUCCUGGAGCGGCCCGUGGUCUAGUCCAGGUCCCUCUGAUUCUGACGAUAAAGGGAUCAUGUUGAGGACACUUCGGUUGGAACCAUGUUAUCAAGAAUUCAGAACCUCAAAGACUUGAUCCCACCAAGGGGCUUGGAGAGUGGCGAGGACGGGGAAUGAGUUGGAGGAACCACAUCCAGCGCUGUAUAUUUAUGCUUGAAAAGACUGCAAAUUGUGUUCAUGCCUCGAUAAAUUAAUGCUUUUGAAGUA